AUGGAAUUACUAUUUUCAUAUAUGUUCUGUGUUUGCCUUCUUCAUUCGUUUGCCACAGCUCAAACUAACAAGAACAUCACCUUAGGUUCAUUCCUCCAAGCCGGUGAACCCACUGCAUCACAGGUAUCUCCAUCUAAACACUUUGCUUUUGGGUUCCAGGAGAUUGAACCUGGAAAUUUCCUCCUAGCCAUAUGGUUCGACCAAAUCCCCGAAAAGACCAUAACAUGGUCUGCCAAUAGAGACCAUCCAGCACCAUGUGGAUCAAAAGUAGAACUAACUACUGAUAGAGGCUUGGUACUCACUGACCCAAGUGGGCGCCAUAUAUGGAAAUCUAAGCUGCCAACUGGAAACAGCAUAGGAAGAAUCAGCUAUGCAGCCAUGCUCGACACUGGCAACCUUGUGCUGGUUUCUCAAGCUUCUGCUAUACUCUGGCAAAGCUUUGAUGAGCCAACUGACACUCUUUUGCCCACUCAGAGACUGAGCCUAGGUGGGCAGCUCCUCGCUCGUUAUACAGAGAAAAACUACUCAGGUGGUCGGUUCACAUUCAAGCUACAAGACACUGGAAAUCUUAAUUUAUUCACUACAGAUUAUCCUCUUUUCAAUACUUUGAACAGCAACUACUGGCCUUUUGAGACUAAUGGGUUCGGAUACCAGGUGGUAUUCAACCAGUCUGGCUUGUUGUACCUUAUAGCCACAAAUGGCAGCAUUUUUGCUGAAUUGUUCCCCGGCGAUGAAUCUGAAAACCAAGCUCUGUAUCAGAGGGUGAUACUUGAAUAUGACGGUGUAUUAAGACAUUAUGUCUACCGAAAUCAGUUGUCUAAUUCAACCAGGGGCUGGUCAAUCAAGUCCUUUGUUCCUGAUAACAUCUGUACUGCUGUUGUACAGCAAAUGGGUAGCGGGGUGUGUGGUUACAACAGCUACUGCAAGUCAGGAAAUGAAGGAAAACCACAAUGCAUUUGUCCUCCAGGUUACGCACUUGUAGACUUAGAUGAUGAGAUGAGUGGAUGCUUCCAGAACUUUCUUCCACAGAGCUGUGAAAAAGAAGCAUCACAAAAAAAGAAUCAGUUCGAUUUCAAGAUCCUGAAAGAUGUAGACUGGCCACUGGCAGAUUACGAGCAUUUUCAGAAUGUUACCAUCGAUUGGUGUAGAGAAAUUUGCCUGGUGGAUUGCUUCUGUGCAGUUGCAAUUUUUAAAGGUGGAGAAACUGCGGACUGUUGGAAGAAAAAGCUACCGCUCUCAAAUGGGAAGAGCGCCAGCACUGUCGAAAGAACAGCAUUCAUCAAGGUUAGAACUAGUGGUGGGUUCAACAGUGGAAGGCGGUAUAAGAAAUCUAAAAGGGUGUGGACAUCAUCAUUAGCUACCUCGGGGUCAGCAAACAUUAUUUUUCUUGGUAUUAUUAUCACUGGAUUUUCCUAUAAUUUAUAUCGUAAGAACCCCAAGAUAAGCAGGAGCUACAACGUCCAUUGCUUUAGCUACAAAGAGCUUGAUGAGGCUACAAACAAGUUCAAUAAAAUAUUAGGGCAGGGAGCUUUUGGGGUGGUGUACAAAGGUGUUCUCAGUGACAUAUCAGGCUCUCACACUAUUAUUGCUGUCAAAAAAUUAAACUCCCUAUCACAAGAUGCGGAUAAGGAAUUUAAGAUAGAAAUGAAAUCAAUUGGUCACACGAAUCACAAGAAUCUGGUGAAGCUCCUAGGAUUUUGUGAGGAAGAAGAGCACAGGUUGCUUGUGUACGAGUUUAUGAGCAAUGGAACUCUAUCUGACUUCCUCUACCAGCUUCCUAAGCCAGCCUGGGAGAAGAGGUUGCGAAUUGCUCAGGACAUUGCUCGGGGACUCUCCUAUUUGCAUGAAGACUGCAGCACCCGGAUCAUCCACUGUGAUAUAAAACCACAGAACAUACUUCUGGACGACAAUCAUAAUGCCAGGAUUUCAGACUUUGGAUUGGCAAAGCUUCUGAGGUUGGAUCAGGCCCAUACAAGUGCUGCUCCAAGAGGAACAAGAGGAUAUGUGGCCCCUGAAUGGUUCACAAACAUGCCCAUCACAGAAAAAGUGGAUGUUUAUAGCUUUGGGAUUCUGUUACUAGAGAUUAUUUGCUGCCAGAGGAAUGUGCAAUUUGAAAACAAUGAAGAGGAAGGUGUUUCCCUACUCACUGACUGGGCCUUCGACUGUUAUCAAAUGGGAACAAUUGAGAAACUUGUCAAAGACGAUACAGAUCCUCUCAAUGACGAGCAAAGAUUACUGGGUAUGGUGAAGAUUGCUAUCUGGUGCACUCAAGAUGACCCUAAUCUCAGACCUGCGAUGAGGAGGGUCAUAGAGAUGCUUGAAGGACUCGUUCAAGUUUCUGAACCUCCAUGUCCAGCCUCAUACUCCACUUCAUGGAUGGAGGCUCUUUCAUUGUCCAAACACCUUCAACAUUAG